UUAUCUCAUAAACAGAAACGUUAAAUUGACACUAAAAAAAUUAAAUAUAUCCAUUUUUAUUUUUCACAGUAUGGCAGCUGUAUUGAAAAAACGUGCUCUGGCUGAAUACACUCAAACUGUUGUCCAGGAGCCCCAGAAACCACCUUUAAAAAGGUUGAAACUAGUUAAGAAACAACAGACGCAGCCUACAGGCUCAGUCCUUGCCCUAGUAACUUAUUUGGAAAAUUGUAAGAACAGUAAUGAAGCUCUCAACACACUGCUCCGGAUAUCUGAUAAUCUUACUAUUGAUGCUCAAGAUCUACCAGAAGUAAUGAAGAGACUGAGUGAACAUUUCAGAAAUGAAGUGGAAUCAGUAGUUCGUGUCAAAAUUUUAUCCCUCUUAUGUGAAAUUGGACAAGAAUUAGCUGUUGAUGUAUUAGUUAUAAUUGAUGAAAUAAUUUCUCUUUUAAAAAACGAUCAUUCCCAUAAAGUUAUUGCUCAAGGAAUGAACACAAUCCUAAAAUUGGGUAAAUUAGUAACAGAUUCCUCAACGGCUGUUCAUCACAGAUUGGUAGAAAUUGCAAAAUUUUAUUUGAAGGAUGUGAAUCAUACAGUAAAAUGUAAAUGUUUAGAAAUUAUUGGUACUCAUUCUCCAAUCUGUGAAGGUAAGGAAGCUGAGGCUAUUUUGUUUUUGGUGAGUUCUUAUUUCAAAAAUGAAGAUGCAAGAGUAAGAAGCCAAGCUUUCUCAACAAUUAUAACACUCCAUGAAAGAGGUUUUCAGUUAAACCCUGAUAUAUAUUCUGAUGUAUGUGAUUGUUUGAAGGAUGAUUAUGAAAUAGUACGAUCAGUUGUUUUAAAACUUGUUUGGGUCCUUGCACAAACUUACCCAGAUCAUGAGAUGUUUGUUACUGGCAGUGAUCAUGAAAUAAGACUCAUAGAUGAUGCCUUUGGAAAAAUUUGUAGUGGUGUGACAGAUCUAUCGAUGCAAGUGCGAACACUUUCAGCUAAAUUACUUGGUUCCAUGACAGCUGUUAGUCCCAAAUUUCUGAACCAAACAUUAGACAAAAAGCUGAUGUCGAACAUGAGGAGAAAGCGAACUGCCCAUGAACUUGCAUGGGAAAAUGUCACUAGUGGAGAAUGGGCAAGUGGUAAAAAGUGGGCAGAUGAUGCUCCUAAAGAAGUUCUAGAUGCUGAAAGUAUCAAUCUGAUCAAUAGUGGAGCUUGUGGUGCAUUUGUGCAUGGUUUAGAGGACGAAUACUUGGAGGUUCGGUCUGCUGCAGUAGAAUCCCUCUGUCAGUUGUCCCUCAAUAAUUCUCAUUUUGCCAAUCUUUCCCUGGAUUUCUUGGUGGACAUGUUCAAUGAUGAGAUUGAAGAUGUGAGAUUGAAAGCUAUAGACAGUUUGAGGUUGAUCUCUGAGCACAUUGUCUUGAGAGACGAUCAGGUGGAGACCAUAUUAGGUGCUUUGGAAGAUUUUUCACAAGAAGUACGUGAAGGUUUACAUAGAAUGCUGGCAUCAUGCAGAAUGUUAACUACCUGUGGAUUGAAAAUGUGUGUAGAGAAGCUAUUGGAUAACUUGAAAAAAUAUCCUAACGAUAAACGUUCAACAUACAGAUGUCUACAGAAAAUUGGCGCUCAACAUGCUGAACUUGUACUGCCUCUUGUGCCUCAGUUCUUGAAUAUACAUCCAUUUUUUGAUAUACCAGAGCCUGAUGUGGAGAAUCCUCAGUAUAUAUGCAUGUUAAUCCUAAUUUUCAAUGCCGCGAAGAACUUGCCUACUAUAACCCCACUGCUGGAAUCACACACUAAGAGGCAUUACCAGUAUCUCAGAGAUACAAUGACGUCGUUUGUUCCUGUGCUGAACUUCACAGACACAGUUGGAAAUACAGUUGCUGAACCGAUUUCAGUAGAAGCCAGUCUGGAGUUUCUGAAUAACGUUAUCAAUAAUUUAGAUAUCACUGAAGCCACUUACAGUGUCCACUGCAGCCUCCUUCAAACAGCAAAAGACCACUUGAACCGUCUCAGCAAAAUUGAUCCAGCAGUAGCUGGAACUGCCCAGUUCACUGCACUUUUUAUAGGCGCCCAACUUAUAUAUUCACAAAUAAUGGAGAAUGGCUACUGGGCCAAUCCGACAAGCUCAGCAACGCACCAAUCACAUAACCUUAUUACGAGCAUUCAAAAUCUUCUGGAACACUGUUUGAAAUUGCAGUUUUUUUUCGUUGGUUUGAGUCCCGCUGAUAGAUGUGCAGUGAAGCAGAUGCAUAUGAAGGCUUUGGCAUUGAAUCUGGUCUACAUUGUAAAAGGGAGUAAUUCUUCAGCAUUAGCACCCUGCCAUCAUUUCUUGACAGUGGUUGAGAAUCUGCAAUGUGAAUUAGAUAAUUAUGGAUUAGAACCAGAAAGUUUCACAGUGGCUGUUUUCAAGGAACUGUCAAACCUUGAGGAACCAAAACCUGGAAUGGUUUCACGAAUUUUAAUUCCAAUAAUUUCAGAAUCAAGAAUUGGGAGGAUACCAAGACCCAAUGUUAAGAUACGAAUGAGUUCUGCAGAAAUAUUAGAACCAACUGGGCAAACUGAUACUUCCUUAAAAUUCACAGCAGGUCUCAUAAUGUCUGUUCCGUUUGAAGCGGAACUACACCAUCUCUUAGAUCCGUCUAGAAUCAGAAUCAAAGUUAAAUAUCCUGAUCAGAGAACUCAAGUGAUUUUACCUAGGCCAGCACAUAUGAAACCUUUAGAGACAGACACUGAAGAUCUGAGAAGUGACAGUCAGAACAUCAGACUGCUAACAGACCUUCUUAUUUCUCAUCAAGUUUGGUCUGAAGCUUGUAAUAUAGAUAUAAAUGUGGCUUUAGCCAUUCCUGAAGCUGAUAUUGGAAGACGGAGAAAUGUAGAUAACACACAAACACUGCUUGACCUUUGUAAACCUGUAAAAAUAAGUGUUGCACCAAAACCUAUCAAAAAAAAUAUUUUAGGUUGAGUUUUAAAGUACAUACAUAGUUUAUUUUAUAUAUUGAUCAUAUCCAAAAUAAAGUUUUUGUUAAUAA